AUGUGUAAUUAUACUGGAUCAAAUUUUGCUAAUAUGAACUCCUAUCUCACAGAUCGAACAAAAAGUGCAAUAAUAUUUAUGAUAAUAAUCGGUUGUAUUCAUCUUAUAUCUGCUUAUGCACAAAUGACCCUUUUUAAUAUAAUAGCAGAAAGACAAAGCCGAACUAUUCGACAGACAUUAUUCCAAUCAAUUCUUAAAAAAGAUAUUGUCUUUUUUGACGCUCAGCAAACCGGUGAACUUAAUUCACUUUUAACAGAUAAUAUUAAUCAAAUUCGUGAUGGUAUAGGUGAUAAAUUGUGUACAUUGAUAAAUAAACUUGCAACUGUUAUAAGUUCAGUUAUUAUUGGUUUUGUCAAAGGAUGGAAAUUAACAUUAGUCUUAUUAUCAAUAGUACCAGUGCUAGUCGUGUCGUUUAUAGUUACAUAUAAAGUGAUUGUCAAGCGGACUGCAGCUGAACUAAAAGCAUAUGGGAAGGCUGGAGCAAUUGCUGAAGAAGUAAUUAGUUCAAUUCGUACUGUUUUAUCUUACAAUGGUCAAGAAAAAGAGAUACAUCGGUAUGCACAAUCUCUUGAUGAUGCUAAACAAUGUGCUAUCAAAAGAAAAUUGGCUAACGGUAUUACAACAGCCAUACAAUUAUUUUUCGUAUAUAAUUUAUUCGCAUUAGGAUUUUGGUACGGAGCAAAAUUGAUUCACAAAGAAAACUACACUAUUGGCAUCGUUUACACUGUUUUUAUGACCAUUUUUAAUGCUAUUUUCAGUUUGGAACUUAUUAGUCCACAAUAUGAAGCAUUAAUUCAAGCUCAAACUGCUGCUUAUCAUGUACAACAAGUCAUUGAUGAACCAUCAAAGAUUAAUAGUGAUUCAGAAAAAGGUCUGGUAAAAGAUGAUCUCAUUGGUGAUAUUCAUUUUUCAAAUGUUAAUUUCUCUUAUCCAUCACGAAAAGAUGUUCCAGUUCUUACUAAUCUAUCAUUUGAUGUUAAAAAUGGUCAAACUGUUGCUCUUGUUGGUUCAUCUGGUUCAGGAAAAUCAACAUGUAUACAAUUAUUACAACGAUUUUAUGAUCCAGAUUCAGGUUCAAUUAUUAUUGAUGGAACAGAAGUUAAUCAAUAUAAUUUAAAAUGGUUACGACAACACAUUGGUGUUGUUAGUCAAGAACCAAUUUUAUUUCAUGCAACAAUUCGUGAAAACAUUCUAUUUGGUCGUGAUUCAGCUACUAAUGAAGAAAUAAUUCAAGCAGCCAAAGUGGCUAAUGCACAUAAUUUUAUCAUGACUCUACCUGAUGAAUAUGAUACACAAGUAGGUGAACGUGGAGCUACACUAUCUGGCGGACAAAAACAACGAAUUGCUAUCGCUCGAGCACUAAUUCGAAAUCCAAAAAUUUUACUUCUUGAUGAAGCGACUAGUGCACUUGAUAAUGAAAGUGAAAAAAUAGUACAAGAUGCUUUAGAUCAAGCUGCUGAAGGAAGAACAACGUUAGUAAUUGCACAUCGUUUAUCGACGAUUCGAAAUGCCGAUAAAAUUAUUGUAAUGCAAAAAGGAGAAACAAUUGAAGAAGGUGAUCAUGAUUCUUUGAUGAAAGCUCGAGGAACAUACUUUCAUUUUGUUGAACAACAAAAUUUACAUGAAGCUGGAGAAAAAGAAAAGUUAGAUCUUGAACAAAACAAAGCAGCUAAAGAAAUAAUUCUUUCUGACCAAACACAAUUAGAUAAUUCAGAUACUACACGAAAGCGUGAAUCAAGAUUAGUUAGCAGUAGUUCAUCAACAUUGUCUCUACUAACUGAAAAUCUGGAAGAAAAUGAUGAUGAAACGAUGAGAAAAAAAAAGAAAAGAAGGCAAAACAUACCAUUGGCUAUAUUAAAAAUGAAUAAACCAGAAUGGUUAUUAAUUAUCUGUGGUUGUAUAGCAGCUUUCUUUGUUGGAACACUAAAUCCAUCAUUUGGUAUUAUUCGAACCAAAUUUAUUAUGAUCUUUCAAGAAUGUGAUGAAAACGUUCAAAAUCGACAAGUCUUUCUCUACACAUUACUUUUUGUUGGUUUAGCAAUUGUAGGUUUUAUAUUUCAAUUGCUUUAUAGUUUUAUGUUUGCUUAUUCUGGUGAAAUUCUUAUUAAACGGCUUCGUUCAGAAACUUUUCGUGCUAUUCUUCGACAAGAGAUAGCUUUUUUCGAUCAAGAAAAACAUACUACAGGUACAUUAUGUACACGUCUGGCAACUGAGGCAACAGCUGUACAAGAUGCUAGCGGUGUUCGUUUUGGUUUUCUUUGUCAAAAUCUUGUAUCACUAGGCAUGGGUAUUAUUGUCGGAUUCGUAUUUUCGUGGCAACUUACAUUACUUACGUUUGCCUUCCUUUCAUUAAUGAUAGUUGGAUCGUAUUUACAGAUUCGUCUAACAUCUUCAUUCGAAAGGAAAGACGAACAAUUCAUUGGAGAUGCUGGAAAGUUAACUGUGGAAGCUAUUCAAAAUAUUCGAACAGUAGCUCAAUUAACAAAAGAAGAUCAUUUUUAUAAUGAAUAUUCUCGAUUACUCAAUAUUAUUUAUCGGAUUUUCAAUGCUGUAACAUUCACUGUUGAAACUGCAUGUGAAGCUAUAAUAUUAUCUCCAAAUUAUGGAAAAGCAAUUAAUGCGGCUGAGAAAAUUUUCGAAUUAUUAAAUCGAAAACCUUUGAUUAAUAAUGAAUCAAAAGAUGGCGAUGAAAUACCUAAUUUUACAGGACAACUUGAGUUCGAUGGUAUUUAUUUUGUCUAUCCAAAUAGAUUUGAAUCAAUCAUUCUUAGAGAUUUUAAACUUAAUAUCAAAGCUGGACAAAAAUUAGCACUUGUUGGUGCAUCUGGUUGUGGAAAAUCUACGACAAUGCAAUUAAUACAACGAUUUUAUGAUGCAAAUAUUGGUCAUUUGUUAGUUGAUUCAAAAGAUAUUCGAAGUCUUAAUCUACAAUGGUAUCGAUCACAAAUUAGUAUUGUUUCACAAGAACCAGUUCUAUUUGAUAGAUCAAUUCGUGAAAAUAUUGCUUAUGGUGAUAAUAAUCGAGAAAAUAUUCCACUUGAUGAAAUAAUUCAAGCAGCUAAAAUUUCUAAUAUUCAUAAUUUUAUUCAACAACUUCCAGACGGAUAUGAAACAAAUUGUGGUCCAAAAGGAAUUCAAUUAUCUGGUGGCCAAAAACAACGAAUUGCUAUUGCUAGAGCAUUAAUUCGAAAUCCAAAAAUUCUUUUGCUUGAUGAAGCAACAAGUGCUUUAGAUAGUGAAAGUGAAAAAUUAGUUCAAGAAGCUUUAGAUUGUGCUCAACAAAAUCGAACAUCAAUAACAAUUGCACAUCGUUUAUCAACUAUUCGAAACGCUGAUAUAAUUUGUGUUAUGUAUCAUGGAAGAGUUGUAGAAAUUGGAACUCACGAAGAACUAAUGGCAUUAGGUGGUCGCUAUUACCGACUGGCACUUAAAAAACUGGAGUAG